AGAAAUCAUUUCCGUUCCGGCACAGAAAUUUCCAUCGAUCUGAACGCCCUCCACCACCGGCCGGUCGACCUUCCGCCCCACGAGCCUCCACCUACCGGCCCCGUCGCCGUCGCCGUCGCCGCCUCCAACAUCCGCCCCCAAAACCCUAGCCCCGCCACCUCCACAGCCGCCCCACGCCAUGGCCACCAACGGCAGCUCCCCGAGGGUUAGAGACGCGGAGAGCAGCCUGGACAAGGUGAAGCGGCAGCUGUCGACGGGGUCCGGGAGGUACCUGCUGCAGGGUCCCCUGCUGAAGCGAUCUGAGACGUUACGGAAAUGGAAUGAAAGAUGGAUAAUAUUGGACCCAACAUCUGGAAAGAUGGAAUACAAACUUCGGAGGAAUGAAACUGCUGUCAAGGGAUCCAUUUUAUUUGAUGCUGCAAGCACCAUUACUUUGUCUCCUGUAAAUUUUCACGGGAUGCCAAAGUAUGACGGCUGCUGUUUCUACAUUGGAACUCCUCAGAAAAAGGAUUACUUUCUUUGCGCUGAAACUCCUGGUGCUGCCAAAGCUUGGGUAUCUACAUUGCAUGCAACACAGUUAGUACUACAAGCGCAUAAAGAGGCAGUAAAUUCGUUAGCUGGGAAUGGCUCUCCUUCUACAUUAGGCACGGUUGCGACGGCAGUUGCUAAUGCUAACGCAACUGCUUUGGAGGCCAUGAAGGAGAUAGAUGCUGCACUGAAGGUUUCAAUGAGGGCAGCUCUUGGGUUGGGUACAAAUAAUCCAAAUGAGGGUCAACUUGAUGAUUUAACCAUCAUGAAGGAGACGCUCCGAGUGAAAGAUGAGGAGUUGCAGCAUUUGGCUAAGGACAUCCGUGCUCGGGACUCUACAAUUCGGGAAAUAGCAGACAAAUUAACAGAGACUGCAGAGGCUGCAGAAGCAGCAGCUUCUGCAGCUCAUACACUGGAUGAACAGAGACGACUUCUAUGUACUGAGAUUGAGCGCCUGAAGAAGGCAAUGGAAACACAAAUGGAACAAUCUAUGCUCAAGCUAAGGCAAUCCGAAGAGAAGGUAAUUAGCCUGAGCAGAGAGAAGGACCAAUUGCUGAAGGAAAGAGAUGCUGCAUUUCAGGAAGCUCAUAUGUGGCGCACUGAACUAGGAAAAGCUAGAGAGCAAGCGGUGAUACAGGAAGCAACUAUUGCCCGAGCAGAGGAGAAGGUAAGGGUGUCUGAAGCGGAUGCUGCCGUUCGGAUAAAGGAAGCUGCUGAAAAUUUGCAUGCUGUUGAGAAAGAAAAGGAGGAACUUUUAGCCCUUAUUGGUGUUCUCCAAUCACAAGUGCAGAGAGACCAAAGCAGCACAAAACAAGUAUGCGAAGAGAGAUCUGAAUCAUGCUCUGGUACCGACAACUCCCCUCCAUUGACAAAGCACGUCGAUGCAUCAGAUGAUGAUGUGGACAAAGCAUGCGUAAGUGAUUCAAGAUCAGUCCUGGUUUCUAGCGAUAGCACCGAAGUCCAGCUCGCUGUGGAUGGGGUGGACAUCCGUCCAAUUGGCGAUGCAGAAUGGGGUGACUUCCAGCAGCCAGAAGCAUUGAUCGCUGAUGUCCGGGAAGUCUCCCCGGAAGGAGAAGGCAGCAGCCUUGAUAUCCCUGUGGUCAAUCCCCCACCAGUCCCUGAUCAUAUGCAGGGAGGGGCAACACAUCCUUGAAGGUCUUGGAGCUCCCACAUACUUUCUUGGGUGGUUGUGAUUAUUGAGGAAACUGCCAAGGAUUUGAAUCCUCUCGAGAAUUACUGUCGCAGGUUUUUGCACUGCUUCCGGGUUGUAUGUCCAUUGUAUUUAAGUAUGCAACUCAAUAAAAGAUGUUACGGGUUUGCUGUGUGAUUGUAAAUUGUUCACUUCA